AUGAGGUUGAACAAGAACCUCGUUAAUCUCCUAAAAGAACUAGAAGACCGGGUCGAUGAAGCAGACAAAAAGGCCAUCAAGCAGACAUUACAUGAUGUUGAGGAUGAUCUUGUUUCCCUGGAUUCCUUACAAUCCGUCAGGACUCUGGGAAAAAGGCCACGCGAGCAAUCGGCGCAGAGAAAAGAGCCAGGGGAUGGCCAUCACGGAGAGGCCCUCGUGACUGCAUCCGUCGGCUCCAACGAAGAUCUCGACUUCCUUGAUGAGGAUUUGAUGCGCAGCCACGAGUCGAGAGAGACCGGCUACAUGGGCCAAAACUCGGAGGUGCAAUGGCUACGAAGUGUUCAGCGUCAAGCAGAACGUGGCAACUCAGACCCUCAAGGGCAGCGAUACGGCCCUCCAGGCGCAAGUUCGGCAGCUAUUGACGAACGAUCCGAAGCUUUGCAUGAACGAAGACAGAAUGCUAGACCGGGCUCGAUGCAACACAUAACGGACGCGACUUUCUACCUGGACGGCGAUGAUAUUGAGGUCGAUAUCGCUGUAGAUCCAAACGAGAUGCCUGGCCCAGACAUCGCUGAAAAGCUCUUUGAUUGCUAUCUGGAAACUGUACACGGCACAUUUCCUCUCAUGCCCGCUAACUUCGAAGACCAAUUUCGACGCUACAUUCAAUCUCUCAGGUACAGAAAUCCGUAUCAAAUCCCGCCACAAUGGCGUGCGACCAUGAACCUACUUUUCGCUAUUGGCGCCAAAUACUCUCAUCUCAUUGGUGCCGAAUGGCGAGGCGAUGAGAGAGACCAUCUCGUAUACAUGACACGAGCUGUUCAACUCUUGGGACUGAAGGAUACUAUAUCGUUCCUGGCAGCCCCCAGUCUGGGCAGGGUUCAAGCAACAGGAACAUUGGCGUUCUACUUCCUUGUGAUCGGACACUACGUACAGACGAAAAUUACGGAGCUGCUCAAGGAACUAGAGGACUGGGUCAAGACAGCGUUACCAUCUGAUGACAUCCGUCCGAGUAACUCCACCCAACGACCCGAGCUCAACCGCGAACGUUUUCUACUCAGAAUCUACUACUGGAAGAGUUCCAAAUCCAUGAACUUCAACGCCGAGUCAGCAGAGACAUGCGUCGAGUCAGCUCGAAACAUGACGAUGCUGUUCCCUGAACAGCCAGAUACACAGUUCAUUUACUCGCAAGGACCGUGGUGGGAUGUGGUUCAUCUCAUCAUGCAAUCAGUAGCCGUGCUGCUGCUGGAGAUGGCCUAUGAGGGCAAACAUCUAAAGGAUGAGAGAGACGACAUCCUGACGUGCAUCAAGAAGAUGAUACGCUGGCUUCGUGCUAUGAAAGUAAGUGACCCAGUCGCUGCUCGGGCUCAUGAUGUCGUCUACAAGAUUUUGAACACUUGUGCGCCUGCUCUUCGGGAGCAAGUCAAGGAGUUGAUUGCCGACGAUACUGGAUGGACUUCUCGGCCCGCAAAGCCUACACGCUCUGCACCGCAGUCAGCCUCCUGGGAGGAAAUGCCGCCAAAUUUCCCACCCCCGCUUUCCCAAGAUCACUUCAUGGACCCGCUACUUCCGUACCCUCUGCCAGAACAACAACCAACGUCUUUCGCUUUCGGAAACCCCUUCAUGACGAACUUUGAUCAAGGCGUACCUCUUGUCGAUAUGCAACAGCUGUGGUGGCAGUCAGCGCCCUUGAGUCAUCUGAACUUCAAUCCUUCCGCGAUGAACAUGUCACAGCAGCAACUCAUGCAACAGCAAAUGCAGCAACAAAUGCAUCAACAGAUGCAGCAGAGCGGUCUCGCCGAGCAGGAAGACAUACAGGGCUCUUCUUGA